GCAGUGGCAUAAGACAAUAUCUGGUUAUUAAAUUUUGUAGUUAAGACUAUUACGCAAGGAGGACAGCUAGUUUGCAAGAAAGUGUGAGAAAGAGAGUAUAGGAAAUCUUAGGAAUUUGAAACUAGAGAAGGGAAUGGUGAAAAACAUAAAUUGAGGAGGAUGCGAUAAGAAUAUGCAUCAUUCACUACGUUGGUUAGAAUCUUGCCAUAUGAAAAGAUUAUGAAGCAAGCAGUAGUAGAAUGACAAUCCUUCUAUCCAUAUUGCUUUAUGAUUGACUAAGCUCAACUUUUAUGAUAUUAUGCAUCAUCAACCUAAAGGAUGUUAAACUUAACUUUUUAACUUCAGUCGUUCAUGAUCUUUCCAGUUACAUUGUCUACUUGUAUAUAACAUUUUUUAUUUUAUUAGUACCAACUACCAAAUUUAUGUUCUUGUUUUGCUAUAUUCUAAUUUUUUUUAUACUUUAUAUAUUUCAAUCUGUAAUUUUAGUUCUAAAAUUUUUCCGUUUUUAUGCCAUCUGAUACAUGUCACACUUUUUACAUUUCAACAUGAACCCUUAGGGGUCGUUUGAUGGCCACAAGACACGCAGAACAGGACACGCGUGUCCUGUUUAGCAGAUUUUUUCAUCAAACGUUGGACACCGGACAGGCUGGACAGGACGGACGACUGAAGGAGGGUAUAAAUGAUUUUUUUGUCCCUGUCCGUUCCGAGCUAACCCUCGGAACAGACAGGACAGAACUCAUCUCCCGCCCCCCGACGACCCCGACCCCAACCCCAACCCCGAGCCCUCAAUGCAUCUCCUUCUCCUCCACCUCCGCCCCCAUCUCCCCUGCCUUUCUCCUCUUCUCCGCCCUCGACUGACUUUCUCCUCCAUCUCUGCCCUCGUCUAUGCCGCCCUGCUGCCUGAUUCCUGUUUCUCUCCUUCUCCUCCGUCGCCCGAGCUGGCCUAGCCCUCGCCCUGUAGCCCCUUCUUGUCUUCCUUGCCCCUCACGCUUCUUCACCCUCCUUCAACCUCUCGCCUCCUUCAAACAUGCAGUGGAUUGAAGCUGCCCCUCGCCCUGCCAAUCAAGCAAUCUGCCCAUUCCAUAGGCAGACCAACCGUAGCUUCCGUUGCAGCCCAGCAGCUCCUCGGCUUCCUCUUCUCCUCUCCUUAGCAGGAACGACAGCUCUCUGCAGUAGUGACUCAUCCGACUCAUGUCCGGCAUUCCUGAAGAGCAUCUCCGGAGAAGGGUUAUCAUUUAUUCACCUGCUCGCACUGCAACUCAGCAAGGUUCAGAAAAAGUUGGAAGGUAGAAAAUCAACUUCUUGUCAAUGCAAAAGUAAGUUAUGGUGGUCCUUUCUUUCCAAAAGCUGCAUGUUCACAUGUUUUUCAGGAUCCUGCUGUCUUCCUGAUGGUUACUGUCAUAGAGAAUACAUUGUUAAUGACUUUUGCUACAAAGCCUGCCAGGGAUAUAAAUUACCAAAAAAUGGCUAUGUAGUGUGUACAAUGUACAAAAAUGUAAGGGGGAAAGCAGCCUACAAAAUCAAGGCAGUGCAUCCCAAUUAAGCUUGCCUCAUAAGCAGCUGCUCAUACUUUCUUGGCUCAAUGUAGCUCAUCGGCCUCAAACUUCAUAGACAGCUUCAGGCUCUUGGAUGCAUGACAUGGCAUGUGAGCCAUACAAAUGUCGAAUGUGAGAUUUCUAUACAUACCUUAACUAGCUAGGAAGAAAAAAGCAGGUAUGCCGUGGUCAAUGUACACUUCUAUUCACUUCUAUGGUCAAUGUCAUAGUGUCUGUGUGUGAUCUGUAGAAACCAGACCAUUAAAUUAAAGAAUGUUUGCUGAUAUGGUGAACUCAUCGAAAAUAUGCAUGUCUCUGUUGUUCUCUCUUUCUCUCUCUCAGCUUUGGUACACAUGUUCAAUGAUGUCUCUUUGUAUAUGUUGUUGUUAGUGAAAAUAAUGGCCCUCUCCAUUAUUGUUCAGGCCAAUUUUGUGAACUGAUAGGCUGGUAUCAAUUUUGCAUUUCAAUAACAUAAAAACAAGCAUUUCCCAUGAUUCCUGUAUUCAAUCUUUUAAUCUUACUUUCCAUAUUCAAUCAUUUACCCGCUACAGAUCUUUGUCAGGGACUAGUUCUCUAUCUUCUUCUUUUCUUUUCUACUGAACUUAUUUCUGCAUAUCAUCUCUCUCUCUUAUACUAGAUACAUAUAUAUAUAUAUAUAUAGAAAGAGGAUUGGAAGGUGUAACUUAGAAGGAAGAAGCAUGUUGUCAUCGUUAUUAGAAAUGAGUUCUUUAAACUGCAUAGGUUCCUUCCUUUCGCCAGUCACCAAUAUAUUUUGAUAAAAAAAAAAUUCUCAGCUAACUCUAGCUCUGUUUCGGUGCUCCUUUUUGUUUUGGUAAGGGGUAAUACUGCAUACUGUAAUCUAGAGUGCAGGCAGCAGCAGAUGAACAUCGAUGAGAAGAAGGAGAAGUGCUCGAUGACAUCCAUGAAGAAGGAGGCAGCCCCUGCUAGGUCUGAGCCCUCCGGGAAAGGAGAAACAGUUGCUGCAGCAUGAUGAUGAUCCACAUUGUGUUCUAUGGAAUCUUAGAUGAUGAUGAUGAUGACACAUCGUUUUGCUGCCAUUUCGGAUGUUCAACCUUAUAAAUAUGUCCUGUAUUUUUAUAAUUUUAGCAAGGGAAGCACUAGUUAUGGGGUUAAAGUGAAGUUAGGACCUUGUUUUUAGAAAAAAAAAAGUUGCGGAAAUGAAGAUUACUGGCUCCUUGUAUGAUUGGCUAGGGUGCCUUAGAUGGGUAUCCAAUGUUCACAUGAGUUUUGAGAGAAAAGAAGUGAAAAAGAAAAAGUGAAAAGAAAGUAUAAGAACUUAUUGUUAUUGUCCUGGGCUUCU